UUAAGUUUUAAAAUAAAAUAUAAAUAAUCUAAAAUAUUAGUGAGUGAGUGUCGAGUUUAUUUUCCUUCUGCUGCUGCUUGUGCGCCAGGAGACGAUCAUGGAGUUCUGGGGUGUUGAAGUAAAAAGCGGAGAAACUCUCGAGGUUGAUCCGGGAUAUGGCAAGAUGAUCCAUCUUUCAAUGGCAUGCCUGGGUGAGGUUAAGAAGGAUAAAGGCGAACCAGUGACUGUGUAUGUGAAAUUUGGUGACCAGAGGCUUGUGAUUGGAACACUUACUUCUGAGAACUUUCCUCAGAUUUCUUAUGAUUUAAUAUUUGAGAAGGAAUUUGAGCUAUCACAUAACUGGAAAAAUGGGAGUGUCUUCUUUACUGGAUAUAAAGCUGAACCUCCUUUGGAAUCUGAAAAUGAAGAAGACUCUGAAGAGUUCGAAGAUAUUCCAGUUGCUGCUGCCAAUGGAAAUUCUGAGCUUGAGGUAAAGAAUGCUGUCAAACUUGAUGCCGAUGAAGCUAAACAAAAGGAGAAAAUAGGGGAUCCAAGAAAGAAAGAGAAAGCAAAUGAAAAGGAUGCAAAUGGUGAAGAUGAGGAAGAUUCAUCUGAUGCUGACUCUGAUGAAUCUGAUGAGGAUUCUAGUGAAGAUGAGGCCAUGGCAAAUGGUGAGAAAGGUGGUGAAGGUGAAGAUGACUCUGAUGAUGAUGAUGACAAGGACGAAGAUGAUGACGAUGACGAUGACGAUGAAUCUGACAAGGAGGAGACACUCAAGAAGGCUGAAUUGAGCAAAAAGAGGGUUCAUGAAUCAUCCAAGAAAACACCUGUUCCAGAGAAGAAGGCAAAAUUUGUUACUCCUGAAAAGAUUGACAACAAGGGUGGUGUUCAUGUUGCAACUCCUUACCCAACUAAGCAGGCUAUCAAGGCAGCUGCCAAUAACAGGCAACUGGUGAAGCAGCAGACUCCAAAGUUAGUUGGAGACUAUGGCUGCAAGGAUUGCAACAGGUUGUUUAAGACAGAAGAUGCCUUAAACUCCCAUAACAAGGCCAAGCACAGUGCUAAGUGAAGGAAUGAAAGUACAUUAAUAUAAGUUUUUUCCUGAACAGUAAGCGUGUGAAUGUUUGUGGAUUUUGGAUGGACACAAGUUAGAAAAAGAAAAAUGUACUCUAGCUGAUCUAAGAAAUCUAGUCUAGCCUAGUAGUUUUGUUGCUGAGGGUUAUUCCACUUGGAUUGUGUUUUGGAGAGAAGAACCCUACUUUUUCGUAUUGUUGGUUUGUCGCUAUACUUCAGCCUCAAGUUUCUCGUAAUUGUGUUGGUAACGAGGCUCCAACGUGAUGGUAAGGUCUUCCUUAAAAUGAUUUCUCUUACAUUGA